AUGGAACUCAGCCGUUUCACUCCAAUUGGCGGGUAAGAUCAAAAGAUACUUUGUGGUAUUCAUGGUUUCGUUUCCGGGUUCAGCAUCAUGAGACAAUGAGUCGUUAAAGCUUCAAGAAUGCAUGCUUCCUGAGAAUUCGAAGUCACAAAAGGAUAACUGUUAGGGAGUUAAUGCUCGAUUGCUUAGACCUCCAAUAAUGUUUUGUGCAUUUUGGGGGACUUUUUGACAUCUUAGCACAUUCAAGUUCUGAUCAGAUCCUAAAAUGUCACCUGAAUAACUAAUCCUCUGUUACUUCUGGCAUGAUUAUUAUUAUAUACGGACUCUGGACAGCUACAUUCCCGUCAAUCCAGCUGAAGGUGUUUAUAUAUCAACUGGUGAGAUAUGCUAGAAUUUGCACGUCCAAAGUUGCCUUCAUGAUAAAUAGACUCCGCGGACUUUCAUUACGUCUCAGACAACAAGACUUUGAAACAAAUCUACAUCAGAAAUCAUUUAAUAAAUCAUUCAAUCGCCAUGGUCUUAUCGUCCGAGAAGUAUGGUGCCGCCCUGGGGGAGAUGAGAUUAGCAAUCCAGGGUUGAAUUGCACCAUAAUAUCCCUACAUCCCUUAUUUAUUACUUAGAUUUGUUAGUUUCAGUUGUAUCUUGGUACGUAUACGCGCACAGUUUUAUUUUGUGCGCGUGAAUUAUUUACUCUAUUCAUUUAAUUGACGUGUACAUUUAGUUCGUUACAUAACGUCUUAAGUUUACUUUGCGUUAUUUUCCACACAUUGUGGGUGGCCCCUCCUAAAAUGCUUUACGAGUAAUAGUUGGUAUAGGAUUUAAUGGAGCUGAAACAAAUUGUGGAAUUGCACACAUUUGAUGCAUCCUAUUGACGAACAGUCACGACAUGUAGAUGUAUCUUUUAGCAACUACUAUAAUUUGCAGUUUAUCCACUUUAUAAUUAUGCGCCCUCGUUGAAGUUGUAUCCACGCGCGCGCUUUUUAUCACCAUGAAAUGAGAAUUCAGUUACGGUGGAACUAAACUGUCGUCAGAAAAAAUAGCCAAUGCAUUGCUUCGGAGCUCAGAAGAACACUACCAAAGGAUUGAAAAGUGAAUUUUAAGUAAAUAGUGAUUAUGUGACUACAAUAGUAGCUUCGAUUCCCUUGCUUGUAUUUACACGUUUCUCUGUCUCUUUGACUACAAUAGUAGCUUCGAUUCCCUUGCUUGUAUUUACACGUUUCUCUGUCUCUUUUUUGAUCCCUUCAGCUCCACCAACAUGGAGGCGAAUAAGGACCCAGAACCAAAAGCUGAGUUUAGUGACAACAAGAGCUAUAAUUUUGUGGGGAAAAAGUUUCCCCGGCAAAAGACCAAGAUCACUGUUAUCAUUAUCUUAGUUGUAGUUCCUUUGCUUGGUGCUGUGAUUUCCAUUAGUUUGUAUUUUGCAUCGAGAAAAACGGCGAAAACAGCUCCAACUCGUCUGGUUGAAGUAAGCUUGGACAAAGGCGAGACUCUGGCAUAUAAGGUGAAUCAGCAGAUAGAAAUUCAAGGAAAUGGUGCACAGAAGGGUAUAUCUUUUUCAAGUUCAGUUUUUUGAGGCAUUACGUGAUGUUUUCCUAACUCCACUUCACUCCUUACUGGUCAUGACUCAGUAAGCAUAUCGUGCGUAAGUUCUUCCUCAAAUGAAACCCGGAUAUCAGAGUUUUAUAUUUAUAUUAGUUCAACUGCCCGUGUGUCCCGAGUGGACCCGUGUUCACCUGAACCUUCCGAGAUCAAAAUAGUUGUCUUAAACACCUGUGCAGACGUAUUUUUCGGGAGAGCACUAAGAAGAUUAGGAAGAAUACAGUGAUAUCAUUGUGGUGGGCUUAGCGGGCUUAGCAGGGUGAGGGAAGGAAGUAGUAUUUUCCCACCCCCUCUACACGGCUCUGCCCUUUCGGACUCGACAACAAGCCUGGGUUGAGUUAGUCGAAAAAUCGAACAGCGCAAAUCCGCCGCGGGGGGUGGGGGAGAGGCUCUCAAGGGAAGUGUGAGUAGAGGUGUGCCCUCCUGGGGGACUCCCAUAUGAAAGGGGCGGGGAUGCUCGUCGCAAAUUUUAAAUUAACCUCUAAGGAGACCAAUCUGGGCGUGGCCCAACCUUUUUUUGACCCUAAAAAGAGAGACCAUUUUAAACUUUGAUUACGUAAAUUGAGUAAAGAAAACGAAUCGAAAAUAUAUAAUUUUUCUUCGCGUGAGCAUCCCCGCCCCUUUCACAUGGGAGUCCCCCCUGGGUGUGCUGCCGACUCAUUCAGUCCCUCACCCUGUUAAAGGCAUUUUGCUACCUUUUUUAAGACAAAAGUUUAUGACCUGAUUCAUGUGUUCCGCAUGCAGCAAUUUAAGGGGAUCAAUAUUUUAAACUGGCAUCAUGGAAUUAUAUUUUUCUGCAAAAAAUAAGUCUUGGUACCACAAAUGUAUGGCUAACCUUCAUACUGUUAAAGGAGCCAAAUAGUAAAAUUUUAGACCGUAAAGAGACAUAUGAUUGGCUAUCACUCAACCCUCGUGCUCUUGGAAACAACAGAUCUCAGAAAAGAUCUAAAAAUAUCUUUAGAAGGAUUGAGAUAGCUAUAGGGCCCAUAUGGGAGAUUAAUUCUCUGAGCUUUAUCCUCUCUUAGCGGAACUUACCCCUUUAGUCCAGAUAAAGGAGUGCCCUCUGGAGUUACCAUGCCAACUUAUAUGCUGUUUUUGUAGGUAACCCACGGAGUAACUGCUAACCAAGUAUCUAGGAACUCAGCCUCGUUUUUGUUUUUGUGUUUGCAGCUAACAUCGGUGCGAUAGUUGGUAUCCAGGUCCUUAACAAGACAUCCGAAGAGUACUGGUUCCUAGUAAAAUUCAAUCUGUCAUUGUUGAAUGGGAACAUGGACAUGGACAGCCGAAGUCACAGCAAGCAUUGA